GUUCAAUACGUUUUUGUCUGUCUUGUAAGGAGGUCCGUCCUGGUUUUCACUCAGGGAUUUUAAAUACAAUAAAAUUAUUUGGCAUUCCUCAGAGCAAACGUGAAACGAAAACCAACCAGACGGGGACCAUAGAAUCGAUUACAAUUAUAGUCCAACAAGCAUGAAAUUAAAAGAGAAAAAAUGGCAAAGUAAAUGGCGUGAAAAAUCCCCGUGCUAUGGCUAGGCCAUGCUGUUCCUAGGAACCUUUGACAAACUCAAUAUUAUUUUGAGCACAAAAUUCGUUAAAAUUAGCCACACUUCUUUUUCUUCUAUAAAAUGUAUGAUCUUAAAGCUAGCGUUCGAGUUUCGGUUGACUAGUUUAAUUGAGAUCUUGGAUUCCGUUUCGUUCUUCUACCGCUUGUAUUCCACUUUGGCUGACGGUGCAAAAGAUUUGUACUCGCAAUUCUUUUGUUUGUGGCCCCUAUAAAAGUGUUGCCCCUCGAUUUCAGUGGCAUCAGUAUCCGCUUGGCAAGCACCUAAGCAACUCCAAGUCGACAUGCAGCGUCCGUUCCUGAUUUGCUCUGCUCUGCUGGCCCUGGCCGCUUUGGGCGUGGCCAGUCCUUUGAGCAACAGCUACUUGCCGCCCCAGGCCAAUGCGUACAGUAGCUACAGCUCGGGUGGAUCGAGCGCCGCCAGCUCCUAUGCACCGACGCGCUCGCAUGGAUAUGCCCCAUCAGCCAGCUAUACAACGCCAUCUCGACAGUACCUGGCGCCGACCUCGUCCCUGAGCAGCUAUUCGACGGCAGGUGCCAGUAGCUACUCUGCUCCAGCUAGCUCUCUCAGCAGCCAUUCAUCGUCCACCUCAACAUAUGCACCCGUGGCAGCCCCCUCUCGUCAGUACCUGGCACCAUCAGUAUCUCGCAGCAGCUACUCAUCCUCGGCCUCAACAUUUGCACCAGUGGCAGCUCCCUCCCGUCAGUACCUGGCGCCAGCUACGUCGCACAGCAGCUACUCUGGUCCAGCUAUCUCCCACAGCAGCUAUUCCGGUCCAGCCGCAUCCCACGGCAGCUACUCUUCCUCUGCCUCAACAUAUGCACCUGUAGCAGCCCCUUCUCGUCAGUACCUGGCGCCAGCUGCGUCCCACAGCAGCUACUCCGGUCCAGCCAUCUCUCACAGCAGCUAUACCGCUCCAGCUGUCUCUCACCGCAGCUUCUCCGGUCCAGCCAUCUCUCACAGCAGCUAUUCCGGUCCAGCCGCAUCCCACAGCAGCUACUCUUCCUCUGCCUCAACAUAUGCACCGGUAGCAGCUCCCUCUCGUCAGUACCUGGCGCCAGCUGCGUCCCACAGCAGCUUUUCCGGUCCAGCCGCAUCCCACGGCAGCUACUCUUCCUCUGCCUCAACAUAUGCACCGGUAGCAGCUCCCUCUCGUCAGUACCUGGCACCAGCAGCAUCUCACAGCAGCUACUCCGCUCCAGCCGGCUCCCUCAAUAGUUAUUCGUCGCCAGCUCGUUACGCUUCCUCCCAAGGACUUGGAUUGGGUGGCUUCGCAACAGCUUCGUCCUCUUCCGCUCGUAGUUUUGGAAACGGCUCUGGAGGAUCGCACCAUGCUAGCGGAGGUGUCUAUGGUCACAGCCGCUCUGCAGGCGGCACUCGCUACGCCGCCAACGGUGGAUAUGCAUACCGCCAUAAGCACUAAUCUGAUCUCUACAUUAUACUAUUAUAAAUCGGGCUAAAGGUUUACAGCUUUCAUAUAUUUAAUUGUUUUUUUUUUUUUUUCAUACACUUGAUAUUUAGCUUAUGUGUAUAAAUAAAGUUUAAAGUGCGCACUAUAUAAGAACUCUAUCUAAACAAUAAUAUUUUGAGACACAAACCGAACCAUAUACUUACAUAUUUUUUUAAAAUGAUUUUCCUCCUAUCCAAAUACAAUAUAAACACUCAUCAUAAUGAGUAAGGCCCAUUGAGUAAUAAAGAGUAACUCCCAUAAAUGCGACGCAUAAUUAUA